AGGAAAGGAGAUUAGGGUUUGGGGUGGUGCAGAUUCUACCUACAAUACCUCUGAAACUGAAGCCGGAGCCGCUCUGCAUUCGUAUACAGGCGUUAGCAGAGAUCUCGAAAUGAAGACCAUCCAGUCAUCAGAGACGAUGGAUAUCCCUGACGGGGUCACCAUCAAAGUGCAUGCCAAGCUGAUACAGGUGGAAGGUCCCCGUGGGAAGCUGACUCGCAACUUCAAGCAUCUGAACCUCGACUUCCAGCUGAUCAAGGAUGAGGCCACCGGCAAGCGCAAGCUCAAGAUCGAGGCGUGGUUCGGGUCCAGGAAAACCAGUGCUGCCAUCCGCACCGCCCUCAGCCACGUUGAGAAUCUUAUCACUGGCGUCACCAAGGGAUACCGAUACAAGAUGCGAUUUGUCUACGCUCAUUUUCCUAUUAACGCCUCCAUUACCAACUCUAACAAGUCCAUUGAGAUCCGUAAUUUCCUUGGCGAGAAAAAGGUGCGGAAAGUGGAUAUGCUUGAAGGUGUAACAAUUGUCCGGUCUGAUAAGGUUAAGGAUGAACUUGUCCUAGAUGGGAACGACAUUGAACUCGUUUCUCGGUCAGCGGCCCUCAUUAACCAGAAAUGCCAUGUCAAGAACAAGGAUAUUAGGAAGUUCCUCGAUGGUAUCUACGUAAGUGAGAGGGGCAAAAUAGCUGAAGAGGAGUAAUUUCCUAUUUUUUUUUUUUUUCCAGAAACUGAUAUUGUAAUCUUAGGUUUUUUGUGACAUUAAUAUCGCUCCGAUUUCUUUUUCAUUUGUCUUUCCUUAAUCUUAAACUGUUAUAAGUGAGAAGGGCAAAAAGAGCUUAAGAGGUUGAUAUACUAUUUUUUUUUUUUUGCCGGAAACUGAUAUUGUACUCCUUAGGUUUUUUGUGACAGAAAUAUCAUUGCC